AUGAGCCCAGGGUCCUGCAGCGGGUGGCGGCCACGCGGCGCUCCGGGAGAUCCAAUGAAAAGCGAUGGACGGCACCUCCUCCACCGUCUGAAGCUGUACCGGCGAGCUCAGGGGAUGGUGACCGAUCAACCCCGGCUCCAACGUCGCCGAAACGAGGCCUCGGUGUGGCAGAAAGCUGGUCGCGUGGUCGGCAAGUCCACAAAACAUUUUCCCAGUAGAGUUGUGGAGAGCAAACUACAGUUGAACAGCGAUGUCAAAUUGGAGAGCAGACUCUUUGAUUACUUUGUAAACCUUUCCAGCUUUAUGCAAAUUACUUUAUCCUCUGAUCCAGGAGUAGAAAUUAUAAUCCCUCAGAUUGUAUGGGAGGGGGCAGUCCCGCUUCAGAGAGGAGGGGAACCGAAUUUCCGGAGUCUCAGGAGACCACGCUCCAUUCCUGGAAGCCAUCCAGACAACUUAUAUGUCCGUCUGCCUGCCUUCGGUAGAGACCUGUACUUACACCUGCAGAAGGACCAUCACUUUCUUGCUUCGGGUUUCACGGUAGAGGAGAGGACAGACGAUGGAGGCAGAAUCCGGUCUGGAAUACCAGCAGAGCUGCUUUGCUUUUAUACCGGAGAAGUUCUGAACUACAACCAUUCUUUUGCAUCUGUCAGCACAUGCGCAGGACUGAAUGGAUACAUUCAAAUAGGGGACGAGCAGCUGAUAAUUCAACCAACCAACAGUACGUCAGAAUCCAUCUUCCCCUUUUCUGAAAGAGAGCACAUCGUCCGACAGAAGCGUUCAGCAACACCUGUGUCACCUGUUGAUGCUCAUCACAGUAACUGUCAUGUUGUAUCAGGAAAAAAAAAGAAGCAGAAGAAGAGCGAGGCUGCCAGUGAAUGGCGGGAAAGGAGGAAUGCAAUCAGGCUGUCUGAAGAGCACACGGUGGAGACCCUGGUCGUAGCGGAUGCUGACAUGGUGCAGUAUCACGGUGCAGAGGCUGCGCAGAGGUUUAUUCUUACUGUAAUGAACAUGGUAUACAACAUGUUUCAGCACCAGAGUUUGGGAAUAAAAGUGUAUAUACGGGUCACUAAGCUGGUCCUUCUACACAGCCGACCAGCCAAGUUAUCUAUCGGGCAUCAUGGGGAGAGGUCUUUGGAGAGUUUUUGCCAUUGGCAGAAUGACGAGUAUGGCGGUUCCAAGUACCUGGGAAACAACCAGGUGCCAGGAGCCAAGGAUGACACCCCUGUGGAUGUAGCUGUAUUCAUGACCAGGACAGAUUUCUGUGUCCACAAAGAUGAACCCUGUGACACUGUGGGAAUAGCCUAUCUGGGAGGUGCAUGCAGUCCGAAACGCAAGUGUGUUCUGGCAGAGGAUAACGGUCUGAAUCUGGCCUUUACCAUCGCUCACGAGCUGGGUCACAAUAUGGGAAUGAGUCAUGAUGAUCACCAUCCAUCUUGCGCUGGACGUUCACACAUAAUGUCCGGCGAGUGGGUGAAAGGAAGAAAUCCAAGUGAUCUGUCCUGGUCUACCUGCAGCCGCGACGAGCUGGAAAACUUUCUGAAGUCCAAGGUGAGCUCAUGUCUUCUGGUUACCGACCCUCGUAGCCACCAUGCUGUCAGGCUUCCACAUAAGCUUCCAGGGAUGCAUUAUAGCGCCAGUGAGCAGUGCCAGAUUCUGUUUGGCAGCAACACCACAUUCUGCAAGAACAUGGAGCAUCUCAUGUGUGCCGGCCUUUGGUGCUUGGUGGAGGGAGACACUUCCUGCAAAACCAAACUGGACCCCCCACUUGACGGCACAGAGUGUGGCGCAGACAAGUGGUGCAGAGCUGGAGAGUGCGUCAGUAAGACCCCAAUCCCUCAGCACGUAGAUGGAGACUGGAGUGCAUGGAGUCCUUGGAGCAUGUGCAGUCGUACAUGUGCGACCGGAGUACGCUUUAGGCAGAGGAAAUGUGAUAAUCCCCCACCUGGUCCUGGAGGGAGAAGCUGCAGAGGUGCAAGCGUGGAGCAUAUCGUCUGUGAGAACUCCCCCUGUCCCAAGGGCACUUCAAGCUUCAGGGACCAUCAGUGUCAGGCCCAAGAACGCAGCGGCAACAAGAAGAAAAGCCCCCUGACAGCUGUCAUUAUUGAUGAUAAGCCGUGUGAACUGUACUGUACGCCUGUGGGCAGUGAUACUCCGAUACUGGUAUCAGACAAAGUACUGGACGGGACGCCUUGUGGUCCUUACGAGACAGAUAUCUGUGUUCAUGGGAGGUGCCAGAAAAUCGGCUGUAAUGGGAUCAUUGGCUCUUUCGCCAAAGAAGAUCGUUGUGGGAUCUGCAACGGAGAUGGAAAGACUUGUAAGGUGGUGAAAGGUGACUUUAACCUCACCAAAGGAAUGGUUAACAGUAGUCAUUGUAAGAAGGUUUCUACAUGUGUCUUGACAAAGCCAAAGACUGCCCCCAAGUGUUUCACAUGUUAUAUUGAAGCGACUGUGAUCCCUGCAGGAGCCAGAAGAAUCCGAGUAGUAGAGGAUAAGCCAGCACACAGCUUUUUGGCACUCAAAGAUUCAAUCAAGAAAUCCAUUAAUAGUGACUGGAAAAUUGAGCUUCCAGGGGAAUUCCAAAUCGCAGGCACUACCAUCCGCUAUGUGCGAAGGGGAUUGUGGGAGAAGAUAUCUGCCAAGGGGCCGACUAAAACACCUCUGCAUCUUAUGGUUCUGCUGUUUCAUGACCAGAACUAUGGAAUCCAUUAUGAGUAUACCAUCCCAGUGAACCACUCCAUGGAGCAGAAACCUGAGCCAGAGAGACAGCCGGAUCCCCUAUACAUGUGGACGCACAGUAGCUGGGAAGGAUGUAGCGUGCAGUGUGGGGGAGGUGAACGAAGAACCCUUGUUUCGUGCACAAAGAUUGUGAAUAAAACCAUGGUAAUCGUGAACGAGAGCCUGUGUCAACACGUUUCCCGGCCUUUUCCACAGGUCCGAAAAUGCAACAUGCAUCCAUGUCAGUCCAGAUGGGUGACUGGAUCUUGGGGUCCAUGCUCUGCCACCUGUGAGAAAGGCUUCCAGCACAGAGAGGUGGCCUGUGUUUACCAGCUACAGAAUGGCACUUAUGUCAAUACCCGGGAUCUUUACUGUGUGGGCCCGAAGCCAUCAACUAAACAAAACUGUGAAGGUCAAGACUGCCUGUCAAUUUGGGAGGCUUCUGAGUGGUCAAAGUGUUCGUCAGACUGCGGCCUCGGGACCCGGAAGAGACGAAUAUCUUGCACAAAUGCAAAAGGAAAAUGUGACGCAGCCACGAGGCCUCGGGCAGAAGAGGAGUGUGAGGAUUACGCGGGUUGCUAUGAGUGGAAGACAGGCGAUUGGUCUAAAUGUUCUGCCACCUGUGGAAAAGGUCUGCAAUCUCGCGUGGUGCAGUGUAUGCAUAAAGUGACAGGUCGCCAUGGAAAUGAAUGCUCCGUUCUCGACAAACAGGUGGCCUACAGACAGUGUCAUCAAGAGGCCUGCAAUGAGAAGAUGAAUGCAAACACCAUCACUUCUCCGAGGCUGGCUGCCCUGACGUACAAAUGCACAGGUGACCAGUGGGCAGUGUACUGCAAGGUCAUCCGGGAAAAGAACUUGUGCCAGGACAUGAGAUGGUACCAACGCUGCUGCCAGACGUGCAGGGACUUCUAUGCCGCCAAAAUGCAGCCACAGAGCUAGUGAAUCUGGGAUCCUGACGGAAGCAUUGCCACAUACAGCAACACAACAGCAGUGCUGCAAUAAUCAAAUAAAACUUGAAUCCACUUCUGCUGGCUCGUCAUGCCAUAUACCGGCCAUACAGUUACACGCCAACCUAAAGGACCUCUCUACUGUUUCAUUUGUUCUUCUGCUUAGUUGGUCUACUUGUGGCUUUUGUGGCACGAAAAAAGCGACUUGAUUAUGGAUUGUUUUGUUGUUGAGCAACAACUGACAUAUUCUCAGGAUGAUCAAGCAGGGCUGAGUGCAGGAGGUUGUGAUACACCUGCCGAUUUGUCCAAAGGUGAAAGAGGCACAUAAUAAUGUUUAUUGGCGUUAUGUGCACACAGGGUCCCUGGCUGUAAAAGAAUGCCAGACUAGAAAUACUGUUCCAUAAAACAUAAAAGGUGCUUAUAGUGAGUCUUGCA